AUGGAGACCAUCAUCAAAACCUUCCACCAACACGCUGGGAAAGAGGGAGACCCAGACACCCUGAGCAAGAAGGAAUUCAAACAGCUGGUGAAUAAGGACAUGCCAAACUCCUUCAAGAAAGAAAAGAAGGAUGAAAAAGCCAUGAACCGCAUGAUGGAGGAUCUGGACAGAAAUGAAGAUGGUGCUGUGGAUUUUGAUGAAUUUUUAACCCUGUUAGUUAAGGUAUUGAUUAAGGACCACAAGGAGAUUCACAAGAAUGAGUCCUCACGUGACUAUGGCAAUGGUCGCAGCCCUGGGCCAAGCCUCGGAGAGGGUGACCAUCGCGACUGUCCUAACAAGUAA